AAGCUAUGUUUUAUUUACAUGUUAUUCGUCCAUCCACGUGCACCAACAAGAUGGCGAUGCUUGCGGAGCCGCGACGGCGACAGAAAUUGUCUUUUGACCCGAGAAACAAAGCUUGGACUGAAGAUUCAACCAAGUAUGGCCAGAAGCUGAUGGAGAAGAUGGGCUGGUCAAAGGGCAAAGGUCUAGGGGUCAAAGAGGACGGAACCGUCUCUCACGUCAAAGUAUCUCUCAAGAACAACAACUUGGGUAUUGGAUGUAAGGUAAGCCAAGAAGAUAACUGGAUUGCUCACCAGGAUGAUUUUAACGACCUCCUUAGCACUCUGAACGAGGGUCGCACGCCCUCAACGUCCAACGACAGAGAAGCAUUGAGCCUAGAGGAACGCUCAAAGAAGUCACGGAGCAGAGUCCAUUACAAGAAGUUCACUCGAGGAAAAGAUAUGUCCCAGUAUGGAGAGGAAGGUAUGAAUAGCAUUCUGGGUAGACGUCUAACAAGCUCAGCUCCGGUCACACCCCAAACACAAUCGGUAGAGAAUUCUGACGAGGACGAGAGUGAGGAGAAGGAGGAGCUCACUCAUGGGGUCGUGACCUUCAAGGGAACCUGCAGCGUCGGGGAUUACUUCGCGCAGAAGAUGAGCGCCUUCAAGCGAGGGCGGCAGACGAGGGUGAGCGAGUCGCACUCGGACACGGAGCUAGAAGCGCCUCGGUGCGGCUUUGGGUUCAGACAGUCCACGGAGCAGGGUCAAAGGUCAGAUGUAGAGGGCGCUGCUGGGCCGUCGGGUUUGUUGGAUGGAGGGAAUGAAGAUGGAGGGAACGAAGGAGAGGAGGAGGAGCAGGAGAUGGAGAGUGAGGAGGGACCAGACGGGGUGAGGAGUCGAAACAAGAAAAAGAAGAAGCGGAAGAAGAAGAAGGCGCGGUCAGCUGGCCGAGACUCGGACGAAGAGAACGAGGAACAGAUCGAGGUUCGGGGAGAGAGCGAUAUCGAGGAGGAUGAGGGGAUUGACCUGGGAAGGAAGAAAAAGAAGAACAAGAAAAAGAAGCGACUCGUCGACGAGAGCAAAUCAGAAAGCGCCAGCGAGCAUAACGAGAACGGCGACAAGAAGAAGAAGAAAAAGACCAAGAAAUCUAAGAAGGAUAAGAACAGGCACUUGGAGACACCUGGCUGUUCCCAUGAUGACGACGACACGGCGGAGAACAGCGAGGAGAGGUCUAGUGGCGAGACUAGUAAACGAAAGAGGGAUAGUAGUGAAGAGGGUCUGGAGGAGGAGAGAGCAGAGACUAGCUCUGGUAAGAAGAAGAGGAAGAAGUCGAGUCGGGAAGACGAUGUUGAGAAUGGAGAGGCUCCAAGUACUAGCGCAAAGAAAAAAAGAAAAAGAAACAUAAGGUAUGAUGCAUACUUUCAAGGAGAUAGAUAGAUUGAUAGAUAGA